AUGAGAAAAUUCCGGAUCGCAGCUUCGGAACAAGGUUUCCGGCGAACCCCGUCAGCUUCCUCUCUCAAGUCCGAACCAGGAUCCCAUCAGUACUCCAACUCCUCUACCAUCAGCGGCGGCGGCGGGGGAUACAAUUCGACCACGUACGAAUCGGAAGAGUACACAUCGUACCAAGGCGGUUCCGGCGGGAAGUACCAGGGUUUUGGGUUCGAAAAGGGACCCCCGAGAAGCGUGUCCACCAACUUUUUCGAGAUGCGGUCAGGUGGCGCCGGAAGUGGGUCGGGAUGGUCUUCAUUUGCAUCCGGUUGGUCGGAAUUGUCUGCCAAGGCGACUUCUUUGGCUUCGGUUGCCGGAGAGAAUGCGUACAAGUGGGGGAUGAGUGCUGGCCAGAAGCUGACUGAGGUCACUGCCCAGGUCAAGAAAAUCAACCUGGACGACGCCAAGCAGUCCAUUGGCUCUUUGACUUCGAAGGUGUCAGAUUUGGGAAAGCGUGGCUGGACAGAGGUUUCUGGAGUAGCCAGUGGAUACUCGUCACCAACUAGAGAAUCGGCACCAUUCUCUUCCAGCAGUGUAGCAGAAGAAAUCCCGGGUGGAAAUUUCGAGUCGUAUCAAAACUCCGAGCAUUCCUAUCACAACACUGAGAAGUCAUCUUUCGGCGGCAGCAAUGCGUAUUCUUCUUACACGGAAACCGGUUACCAAGGCUACCAAGAUUAUCAGGCAGGGGACUCGUCAGUUGCGAGCAUGGCGCCGCUUUCGACAGCUGUCAAGCAGCGUGGAAACAACACUUCCAAGGCUGAAGAACGGAAAAAGAAGCCACAGAAAGAACCCAGUCAAGUGCGCAAGGAUCCAGAAGAAGAAGCUGCCUGGGAGAAACACAAUCUGGUUGCGGAGCCCAUUUUCCGGGCAUCCGCUGUUCGUCCCGUGUCCACGGAUCCCCGUCACAGACAACAUGGCAGAUUCUCAAUCUUGUACAACUACAUUCCUGCUGAUGCAUUCGCGAGGUUUGAUGAGCACUUGAUCACAUACACAACUCAUGGAGAAUUCCCAUUUAUGGAGAAUGUUCCUUUUUUGUGUAAGCGUUGGGCAGCACCUGUUUCCAUGGCGUUGUAUGUACCAGGCACUGACUUCCAGGUGACCAUGGAUUCCAUUUUGCAUGCGCGUGUGUGUCAUCCAGAAGUUGCCAAAUGGGCCACGUUUCAUUUGGUGUUUGAAGAAAAACAUUUCCCUCGGAUUCGAGUUCCUGACCAAAAAACAAUCCUUGAGCAAAUGAAAGAAGCGACUGCAACAGUUGACUGUAACUUGCCGCCGUGGAAGGACGCCACGACGUACAGAACCGGGUUGAAAAACACGGACGUGUCGAAGCGUUUGCAAAUGCUCGGGAAGGUGGGAGAGAACCGGAGCGAGGCCGCCGUCAAGGAAAUGGAAUCCAAAGUGCCACCGCCGCUGUUGUACCCAAUCAAUGUGAUACGAAAUGUGGCCCGACAGGCUGCUGUGACGCAGUACGUGCUGGCCAGUGAUGUGGAGCUGUAUCCUUCUGCCAACUUUGCCAAGGAUUUCGCUGCCAUGAUCCGGAAUAAUCCCGACGGAUUCGGAGAAAAAGUUGCAUUCCCCAUGCCGAUUUUCGAAGUGCAAGCAGACAUGGAAGUGCCCGAGGACAAGGGCCAGUUGCUGGCCAUGCUGGAGAAGAAAGUGGCUGUGCCUUUCCACGCUAGCCUGUGUCCGGACUGCCACAGGUUCCCGUAUCGAGACAAGUGGCUCACGACGCCGGCGUCGAAUGCGUCGUCGGCCGGAAUGUCCGUCCUUGGCUUUGCCAGUCGCACUGGCCCUUUCAAGACCUGGGAGCCGAUUUAUGUGGGCACGAACGCGGAGCCGCCGUAUGAUGAGCGGCUCAGUUGGGAAGGGCGCCGCGACAAAAUGACUCAAAUGUAUGCCCUGUGUGCGAUGAAUUACAAAUUUGCGGUGCUGGACUCUGCAUUCCUGGUGCACAGUCCCGGUAUCAAGCAGUACGUUCGGAUCCCUUGGAGAGAAGCCUUGUCUACGAAACAAAGCGCCUUCAUAAGACGUGUGGUGAAGCCGGAGCUCGUGAUUCUCUAUGGAUCCAACGUCAACUGCACACUGUAAAAUGAAUGAAAAUACAAAGACGAAAAAAAAAGUGCUGAGAAAGACAAGGAUGAUGAGAAAUUUUGCUGAGUUGAAUGCGACGGGUGUUGG